CCUAGACACUUCCACUACGCCCUUGCUUUGACAACUUACGCAUAACCCUUGAGCUUUGUCGAUGAUAUAAAACUUCCCCGAGUUGCCUGCACCUAAACCCAUUUCAUUCAAUUCCAAGAAACAAUCCAAAACUCCAACAUAAAUUUCAGACCUCCGUCCAACAUGGCAGACCAAGUCACCAUCCGUCGCGCCCUCCGCAGCGACGUCCCCGCUAUUCUCGAAAUCAUCCACGGGCUCGCCAUAUACGAGAACGCCCCGCACGAAGUCAAAGCCACCGAGGAAUCUCUGCACGACACGCUCUCUUUCGCCGACGACCCGAGCGACGCAAAGCCCGGCUACGCGCGGACAUUACUCGCCGUCGUGCCGGAUCCCAAUAGUAGUGAUAAUGCAGCCAAGGUCAAGGAAAAAGUAGCCGGCAUGGCGCUCUACUUCCACAACUACUCGACCUGGCGCGCCGCGCCGGGGAUAUACCUCGAGGAUCUCUUCGUGUGGCCCGAGUACCGCGGCAAAGGAUACGGGAAGCGGUUACUGACGGAACUGGCGGGCGAAGUGCGGAGAGUGCGAGGAGCCCGUCUGGAGUGGGCGUGUCUGAAGUGGAAUAAGCCGAGUCUGGAUUUCUACGAGGCAAUUGGCGCAAAGAGAAUGGAUGAUGAGUGGGUGGGAUUAAGGGUUGAUGGAGAAAAGCUGGACAAAUUGGCGGCGGGAUCGACGGGAAUUCAGGGUCCGACGCCGCCGUGAUGAAAUGGGGGUACUGCGUGGAUGUCUGUUUGGUGUCUUGAUGUACACCGGACAAGCAAUUGUUUUGCUUCAUAUCCCUCUUGAGAGACGCAAAGAACUUGUCAAGGUGCUGCGCAUGAUGUGUCGCAGUAUGUAUUAUUUGGCAUGUUCAAUGAUUUGACGAAGUUUAUAUAUUUGCAUGCAUUUAUGCAGAGCUGGGGGAAAACAUACAGCAGCUGUCUCAACUAGAGAUAGAGUCAUGAGCAUGAGCACAAGGAAAUAUAGGAAAUAAAAUUGCUAGUUUUCUUAAGAUCCAUGGAAAAUGAUUGGAGGAUUUGUAUAUAGUAUCAAUAGAUUUGUAACCCAUUUGCAUA